AUGGCUAAGAAAAGAAAGAGAAGUAAUAAGGAUGGGCAACAUAACAUCGCUUCUGGGCCUAAAAAGGCAAAAAAGGAACUAAAUUCGCUCGACCUUUCCGCAUAUAGCAGCCCUACCCUCGAAGUGCGACCGUUUGUUGAGACGCCCACCGGUGAAGAUAGAAGAAGAGAAGCAGUCUUGUACGAAAUGCUCGGAAGCGAGAUUCAAUCUGAAAGAGACCAGGCCUCUGCCUGCAUUAUAUCAAGUCUUCUCGAGAGCGAUGGCGUCUCAGAAGCCGUUUUACAGAGACAUCUCGGCCACCGCCUGUUUCGGGGCCUUGCGAGUAGUCGCAAUGCAUCUCGACUGGGGUUCAGCAUCGUCAUCACGGCGCUUCUGGAACAGUUAUUCGACCGCAAAGAGCUCGCGAAAACAAAAUAUCCCGGUUUAACCUUUGACAAGACUCUCGAGCUUCUUGUGGAGAAGACGCGGAUCGGGGGAAAUGCUUCUGGACAAGAAGAGAGAGAUCAUGCCUAUGGUCUCUUGUUUGGUCUUAUGUGCUUCAUUCAAUCCAGAACUCCGUUUGAGGACACCACCAGGUUGAAUGCUGUUCUGGACUUGCUGCUGCAACUGGGAAAUAAAAGGAUAUGGAUGCGACCAGAGUGUGGAUGGGAGCUCGUCCGCGCUCUGGAGCAAAUGAACGAGUCCGACGCCAAAGCUACAUUGGUCAAAGUUGCCGAAGCUGGCAUGGCUAAAACCCCGGAAGGAGUGGCGGCUUGGAUUGUGACGCUUAACAGAUAUCCGAAUCUGAAACCUCAGCCUUGGAAAAACCCGCUGUCCAGCAAAUCACUCGCAGAUCUGACGGCUGUUUUGAAGGAGAGCUUCAAAGACACGUCCAACUACCAUAAAGAGGAACAAAGUGCCGCCAAGCAUGCGUCAUGGAAUGCCCAGCUACAUUUUGUCUGGGACUUGAUAUUGAAACGUUUCCUUAGUGUUCAGAAUAGCGAUGCCGAAGACAGUUUUGAUCAGUUUUGGAGUCGUGUCGUUGAUGAUGGACUGUUCUCUCGGCAAGCCACGGAUGGGCAGAAGUUCAAAGGUUUUAUGGUAUUCCAAAAGAUGCUCGCAGGUCUUGCUGAAGUGCCGUCCAAGCUGCAAGUGCUGUUCAGUCGAAACUUGAUGUCUUGCUUAUUGAAUCAAGCUGCGAAAGAAGACCGCUAUCUUCACCGAGCUGCGACAAAAUCAUUAAAGACCGUCGAAGCUGUGGUCUCGGAACACCCUGCACUGCUUGCUCCUGUUCUUAAGAACCUUCUGGGCAAAAAUGGAAGUUAUACUCUUGACCAAAGAACAAACUGCAAGACUGCAAGCACUCUCCUGCAAAACGUCAACGAGCAAAACAUGGCGGCGGUUUUAGCUGUGAUUAAGCAACCGAUGAAGACACUGAAGGACCAAGAACUUACCAAGGCCCAGCUUGUGGUGCGUACUUAUAUCGACUACCUAACGAAAAUACUGCGCAAGUAUGCCUUGAGUGCGCCAAUACCGUCAGAAGACAGGGCGGCCGGUGGUGGACAAGUCUCAUUCGGCACAGUAUUGCAAGAACUUGCUAGCCUGGCCUAUGCCCAACCCACGGAUCUUUCAAAGGAAAUACUCACCGACCCGAUACGAAAGUUGGCUCGUUCGGGCCUCGAGACGUCGCUUGCAUCGCGGGCGAAAUUUGCCCGCAGUAGCUUUGAGUUCAAGGAAUUUACCGAGACGAUGGUUGCUAUGAACUCGAGCGUCUCAAAUAUGGCACCCGAAAUCAAACAAGCUAUUGAUACUGGUCUUUUGCAUAUCAAUAAGCUGUUGAAGAGCAACUUCAAGUCUCCAAAAGAUGAGCAAAUCGCCCAUGUUUUAGCACUGCUUUAUUCCAUUUCGAUAUUUCACCUGUGCAACGAGGAACCUGAUGCGAUGGACGUGCUUGAAGAUCUGUCCCAGUUCUAUGGCAGGCUCAACAUCGGGCUUACAAAGGAGAAAAAAAAGAAAGGAACAGGGAAAGCUAAGCUAGAGGAAAGUCUGCAAGACGACAGCAGUUCCGAAGGCAGCUCCGAGCUGCUUGUUGAGAUUAUUCUCUCAAUGGUCUCCAAACCAUCAAAGUUGAUGCGAGAGGUCUCUUCUCAAGCGUUUCACGUCUUCACGAGCCAGUUAUCUGCUGCCGGGCUACAACUCCUCACCGAGCCUCUCAUUGCCGAAGAAAAUGCGGCAGGACAGCAGGCGCUCUUUAAUAUCGAUGACGAUGCCAUGGACAUUGACAUUGACAGCAAUGUUUCCGACGCGGAGACGGCCGAUGUCGAGGACUCAGCCGACAUGGCAAAUGCUGAUAAUAUCGAAGACGUCGAGGAUGCGUCAGACUUUGAACUCGACCCCGGCAUGGAGUUUGUUGGUCUCGGGGGCGACGACGAGUCAGAAGAGGGUGACAAGGAGGUGCUAAACACAAGAGGUGAAUGGCAGAAUCCAGAGGAGUUGGACAGCAUCCUGGGCAAAAUCCUGGAUAGCCACCGCCUCGAUAAGGAUGCCGAAGCCGAAACAUCAGAGGAUGAAGGCGACAUGUCCGAUUCGCAAAUGUUUGCUCUCGAUGAACAACUUUCCGCUGCCAUUGCACCGCACAUCAAAGCCAACAAGCCAGAUAGCAGGAAACUCAAACUGGAAGCCAAGCAGUCCGUCGUCAACUUCAAACACCGAAUCCUGGACCUGCUCGAGGUCUACAUGAAGAACGAGCCCCUCAACCAGCACACGUUCCGACUGCUCGUGCCUCUUCUGAGGCUCAUGCGAACCACCUCCACCAAACCGCUGGCCAGCCGAGCGGUCAGCAUGAUUCUCGCCCAUCGAAAACACCUCGACAAGGCACGAUCUGAAGCUCGAGCCGCCGGCCGAGGCAAGACCGGCCAGAGCGGCGCGGCGAAGGAGGAUCGGGAUGACGAGGCGUUCUUGUCCAUCCUGGAGGAGAUCCACGCAGAGGCGUUUGAGGACCAAUCUGGCGAGUAUGCCAGAGCAGCAAGUUCCGCUGGCUUGGCUGUGGCGACGGCCGUUCUCGAGAGAAGCGCCGACAAUUUCGACUCGGUUGUCGACGUGUAUGCGAGAACGCUGAAGGCCUUGGCGCGCGGGAAGCGCAAGUGGCAGAAGCGCUUCAUCGUUGACUGGGUCGACUGGUGUCAGGAGCAUGCGACGCCGGUCAUGCAGGAACACGGGGACGGGACUGUCUGA